GCGAAGAUGAAGAGAUUGGAGGAGGAGAUGAAGAAAGUACAACAAGAGGAGGAAGAAAGAAGAAAAGCUGCUGAAGCAGAAGCGGCAGCAGAAGAAGAGAAAGAGAGGAUGAGGAUUGGGAGUGGAGAAGGGAGCAGUAGUGGCACGAUGAAGUGGGAGGCAGAUCCUGAGCUGGAGAAGAAGAUCAGCGAGUGGGUCGCUAAUUUAUCGUUGGGGGAAGACGAGGAGGCGGAGUCAUAUGUGACUCGGGAUGAGAAGGCUGCGCUGGCCGCUGAGCUAGCAGCCAUGACGGACCCGAUGGAACGAAGAGAGAGGGAAGACGAGCAAAAGUUAGCAUGGAAGCUGAGAAUGAAGAGGGAGAAGAAGAGGAGGAGAGAGGAAGUGAAUAAGAUGACCGCAGCAGUGGCAAAGGUGCAGGAGUGUAGAGCGGAGGUGUUGGCCCAGCCAGAUCAUAAAGCCAAGUGGGACAAGUGGAGGAGUGCCAAGGCACUCAAGAGUACCAUGGACGACUUGGUAGCCGUCCCGGACCAUGGGGUCGCUGAGCCCCAACUGGUCCAGUUGUUUUAUCGCGCCAUUCCAGAGGCCCUACGCGGGCAUUUCUUUGACAAGUCUCAGCAGGCCGGCAUCACUUAUGAUGCAUUAAGUAGAGAAGUCGUCCUGUAUGAGUCAAAGUCUAUGCCAGUCACCACUUUCUGGCAUAAGGACUUGGAAAAGGGGAAGAAGUGGAAGGAUCAUACCAUCUCAGGCCAAGUAAAGGCCAAGGAUCACUUGAUCCAGGCAUUAGAGGAGGGUGGUACAGAAGAGGUCCCAUAUGAUCAGAUUGAGUGGGGCCUAGGAGAGGAGGACAGUAGUGUAGGGCAGGGGAGGUCUUACGUUGCUGUCGCGGCUGGAGGGAGGCCGCAAGUAGUCUACUUAGAUGAUAUCCUAGUCUUUAGUAAGACCCUUCAGGAGCACCAGGGUCAUCUGAGGCAGGUCUUGGAGAAGCUUAGAGAGGCUAACUUCAAGAUCAACGCGAAGAAGUGCGAGUGGGCCAAGACGCAAGUCUUGUACUUGGGCCACAUAUUGGACGGAGAUGGCGUUAAGCCAGAGGAGAGCAAGAUCGCGGCGAUUAGAGACUGGCCGACGCCCCGCACAUUAACAGAGUUGCGGUCGUUCCUAGGCUUAGCUAACUACUACAGGAAGUUCGUGAGGAACUUCUCCACUAUCGCCGCUCCCUUGCGCAGGUUGUUGAAGAAAGAGACAAUCUGGCAAUGGGAUAAAGACUGUACGUCUGCGCUCAAGAAGUUAAAGCGCGCGCUAAUAGAGUAUCCUGUCCUCAAGGUUGCAGAUCCGUCCUUGCCAUUUGUCGUCACCACGGACGCGAGUCAAUAUGGGAUAGGCGCCGUGUUGCAGCAAGAUGACGACAAUGGCUAUAGACCCAUAGAGUUCAUGUCUGCGAGGAUGCCCUGCGAGAAAGUCGCUACCUCCACGUACGAAAGAGAACUCUACGCUCUCAGACAGGCUUUAGACCAUUGGAAGCACUACCUGCUUGGGAGGCACUUCAAAGUCUAUUCGGACCAUGAAACGCUUAGAUGGUUGAAGACCGAGGCCAAGAUGACACCUAAGUUGACCAGGUGGGCCGCAGAGAUAGACCAAUUCGACUUUGAGCUCAAGCCAGUGAAGGGCAAGUACAAUGUAGUGGCGGAUGCUCUAAGUAGGAGAUUAGACUACUUUGGAGCCGUAGUACAUUAUCUGGAUAUAGGGAGAGACCUGCAGGAGAAAGUGAAACAAGCGUAUAUGGAGGACCCUAUCUAUAGUGACCUCCUAAAAAGAGUUAGAGAGGCCCUAGAGACCGAACCAGAUUACCGCACUACAGACGGGUUGCUGUUUGAGAAGACUAAUGUGUUUGACCGCCUGUGCGUUCCCAACAGCGAAGAGAUCCGUAGUCUGAUUCUAGGGGAAUGUCACGAUACUGAGGGACACUUCGGUUGGCAAAAGACGUUAACCAAUCUGAUGCGUGCGUACACUUGGCCAGGGAUGAAGAACGAUUGCAUAGAGUAUGUCCGCAGUUGUAAAGUAUGCCAGAGAAACAAAUCGACUACACGCGCACCCCUAGGUCUUCUCAGACCCUUACCUAAUCCGGAUCAGCUGGGAGACUCAGUGUCCAUAGACUUCAUGGACAUGCAAGUCAAGAGCAGACAUGGUAAGAGCCAAGUCAUGGUCAUAGUCGACCGUUUUACGGGCUUGGCGUUGAGUGAUAUCUUUCUUGGAGAGGAUGGAGGAGACGAUGGUGUUGUCAGUGCGGAUGGUGAAGUAUUGCCCGUCGAGGUACGGGCGCCAGACUAUGAGGGCGUGAAUCACGUCGAGGAGUUCCUUCUCGUUGGAGGGGUAAUUCAUCUCCGCGGGAAGGAGCUCCUUGCUUGCGAAGGCGAUGGGGUAUUCGCCAGGUGGAGCCUCGGGGUGAGUGGGCGAGUCCUUGAUGGAGGGGGUCUCGGCGGUGUCGCAAGGGAAAUGUUGGGACAGUACGGCUCCGAUGGCAAAGUCGGAGGUGUCAGUGGUGACAUAGAAAUGGCGAGUGGGGUCGGCGAUUUUGAGGACAGGGGCCGAGGUGAUGGUUUGCUUGAUGAUGGAGGUGGUGUCUUCGGGGUUGAUGUGGUGGAAAAAGCGGGUGCGGGAGGUGCCGGGGGGGGCCUGGUGUUGGGGGUGGAGGAGUCGAUCGUGAUGAAGCAUGCGAGAGAGGAGGUCAGCAAGGGGCAUGUCGGGUUCGUGGGCGAGGGCGGUUGCAAGGUCUUUGUGGCAUACUCGUUUGAUGCGGGAGAUGAACGCAAAGUCGGGAAUGACGGUGUGGGGGAGGUGGUGGCGGAGGGAGCGAACGUAUUGGACGAAGCCGUCCGUGGGACCGGUCUGGCGGAGGUGGCAGAAUUGUUCAAGGUAGUCGUCAAUGGUUUUCUGGGGGCGGAAGGUGGCAGUGGGAAGGUUGGCCCAUUGGAGGAAGGUGUGACGUGGUCCUCCGGAGGCUCGACGGUUGCUAACUUCAGCCAUCCACCAUUUGGCUGCAUUGUCGAGGAGGCGGGAGGUGGCAAUGGGGAGCCAGUGGGCAAGGGGCAUGUGGUGGAGGUGAAAAGAGUUUUGAAGCUGGGCGGUGUGCUGGACGCGCAGGAUGAGGGAGGAGGUGGAGGGAGCGGAACAGUGGUGGAGGUUGAAGGGUUGGUGGAUGUGGUGGUAGAGGUGGUAGGAGUGGAGGAGGUCGGAGGGGGGGUGUUGAUGGAGGCGGCUAUGGAGGAGGGAGUGGUUUGCACUGUGGAGGAUGGAGUGGUUUGCGCUGUGGAGGAGGGAGUGGUUUGCGCGGUGGUGACGCGGUCACCUAUGGACGACAUGUUGGCCUUUAUGUUGUCGAGGGACGCGGUGACGGAGGUUCGGAGGGUGUCGUGUGCGUGGAGGAUGGCGGAGAGGUCAGGGGUGGUGGUGUUUGCUGGUGGUUGUUUGCCUGCGAGGUUGCGGGCGAUGCUAUCGACUGAGUCGGUGCGGAUGUCAGACAUGUUGAUGGAGGAUGCAGCCAUGUGUGGGGAAGAGGGGGUGGAGGACGUGGCCUGAACGGGUGUGGAGGAUGCAGCAGCAGCGGUGGCGGCGGCAGCGGCGGCGGCACGUUGGGAGUUCUUGGUGUGGGGGGGGCAAUCCCUUAUUUAUUUAUCAAUAAAUUCAAAAAUAAAGAUAGUCGCCAAUUUUUUUUUUGGAAAGUAGGGAAUUAAUAUUGAAUAAAUAAAUUUAUUCCGAUUGGAAUUUUAUUUGUUCGAAAUUAAUUUGGGUAGAACAAAAUUUUGAAGGAUCC